GGCCAUUAUGCCCCGCCCCUCUGUCCGACCUCCGGAAGCCGGUUUAAAGCACAACGGAAACGGAGUUUAUCACCGAAAAAUGGAUUAAAACUGUGUCUUUGGCGGUCAUUGUCGGAGUCUCCGGGCCUUUAGAGGAUGUCCACCACGGCGAGGAGCGGAGACAUCAUCCACCUGAACGUCGGAGGGAAGAGGUUCAGCACCUCCCGCCAGACGCUCACCUGGGUCCCUGACUCCUUUUUCUCCAGCCUUUUGAGCGGCCGGAUCUCGACUCUGAAGGAUGAAACUGGAGCUAUCUUCAUCGACAGGGACCCCUCCCUGUUCGCACCCAUCCUCAACUUCCUGCGGACCAAAGAGCUCCACCCGCGCUCCAUCAACGUGCACAUGCUCAUGCACGAGGCCGAGUUCUACGGCAUCACACCGCUCGUGCGUAAGCUGCAGCUGUGUGACGAGCUGGACCGGUCGUCCUGCGGAAACGUGCUUUUCAACGGUUACCUGCCGCCUGCAGUGUACCCGGCGAAGCGUCGGAACCGUCACAGCGUGGCCGGGUCGCAGUUCAUGGCGGGCCGUGUCGUUCCUGUAGAGCGAGCGCCGGUCCGACGCAGCAACACGAUGCCUCCGAACCUCGGGAAUUCUGGGAUACUGGGAAGAGGCAUGAACGAGGAGAGGAUGUCAGGAGGGCAGUCAUCUGACCCCGGCAUGGUUCGGAUCAUCUGUGGCCAUCAUAACUGGAUCGCUGUGGCCUACGCGCAGUUCGUGGUCUGCUACAGGGUGAAGGAGUCGACCGGGUGGCAGCAGGUCUUCACCUCUCCCCGCCUCGACUGGAUGAUCGACAGAGUCGCGCUCAACGCCAAAGUGAUGGGCGGGUCGCUGGGAGACAACGACAAGAUGGUGGCUGUCGCCUCGGUGACGGAGAUCAUCCUCUGGUCCAUUUGCCCUGACGGCAACGGCAAUGAAAUCGGCGUCUUCAGUCUCAAUGUCCCCGCUGAGGCUCUCUUCUUUGUUGGUAACCAGCUCAUCGCCACCAGCCACACCGGGAAGGUGGGGGUGUGGAACGCAGUCACCAAACACUGGCAGAACCAGGAUGUGGUUCCCAUCAGCAGCUACGACACCGCCGGCUCCUUCCUCAUCCUGGGCUGCAACAACGGGUCCAUCUACUACAUUGAUGUUCAGAAGUUUCCUCUGAGGAUGAAGGAUAACGACCUGCUGGUGACGGAGCUGUACAGAGACCCGACCGAAGACGCCAUCACCGCUCUCAGCGUCUACCUCACACCCAAAACAAGUGACAGCGGGAACUGGAUCGAGAUUGCGUACGGGACCAGCUCGGGGACUGUUCGAGUCAUCGUUCAGCAUCCAGAGACCGUCGGCUCAGGGCCUCAGCUUUUUCAGACCUUCUCUGUCCACCGCAGCCCUGUCACCAAGAUCAUGCUGUCGGAAAAGCACCUCAUCUCAGUUUGUGCAGAUAACAACCACGUGCGGACGUGGACGGUGACUCGCUUCAGAGGAAUGAUCUCCACCCAGCCGGGGUCCACGCCGCUCACCUCCUUCAAGAUCCUCAGCCUGGACGACGUGGACGGGCACGGAGGCUGCAGCGCCGGCACCGAGAUCGGGCCGUAUGGAGAGAGAGACGAUCAGCAAGUGUUUAUCCAGAGAGUCGUUCCCGACACGGAUAAACUCUACGUCAGAUUGUCCUCCAAUGGGAAGAGGGUAUGUGAGGUGCGUUCGGUGGAUGGGACCUCCAUCACGGCCUUCAUGGUCCACGAGUGCGAGGGCUCGAGCCGCAUCGGCUCUCGGCCGCGUCGCUACCUGUUCAGCGGCCACGGCAACGGCAGCAUCCAGAUGUGGGACCUGACCACCGCCAUGGAGAUCGCUGGCAAGGUCGACAUCAGAGCACUGGGCGGACCCACAGAGGAGGAGCUGCUGGAGCUGCUGGACCAGUGCGACCUGGCUCUGACCAGAACACCUGACAGCACACCCAGAGCUUCUACCUGCAGCCUUCACUCUCAGCUCAGCGAUGCCUUCAGGACAGAGCACCUUCGCUCUAUGGGAGGAGGACGAGGUGCAGCCGGAGGUUCGGGUUCGUCUGCGUCGCUGUACGGCAGCCUCCCCCGCCAGGCUCCGCCCCCCGUUCCCUUCGCCAAACCUGCCCGAGAAGCUGGCCUUUCACCUGGACUGCAACAAGGCCCCUCCUACCCCAUCUCCAGCCAGACCAGCAGCCCCCGUCCCCUCAGGCAUCUGGACCGGGACAAAGAAUGUGGGUCUGUGCGCAGGGGGAGCUUUGUGGAGCGCUGCCAGGAGCUCGCCAAGGGUUCAGAGGCGGCUGUGAGCGCAGGGUUCCCGCCGGGGUCAGAGGGCAUCAGGCGGAGCCUGGCGGUGUGCAGUGAGUUGGAGGCCAAAUUCGGCCUUAGGACCCCUCCCACCUUCACUGUACCCCCUGCUGCUCGACAUUCACCUGGACCGCCAUCAUCGCUGUCCUCGUCACCGCUCUCCUCGUCGUCAUUACACCGCAGGACCUCACCCGCUUCCCCGCCGAGCCCUGCCUCCGCAGCGGUGAGCCCGACCCGUUCUCAGGCAUCGGUCUCCCCUCGCCGCAACACUGCGGCGUCACCCGUUGAUUCCUCGGGGACCCCCGAGAGUCCCCCAGGUCCCGACAGCCCCACCCCUUCUGGCCCGCCCACCAGCCCCAAACCACAUAUGAAUGAGACCAGCUUCUGAUUGGCUGAUCUGCCUGAGAGCUUCGGGUUCAGGUGGACACACGAUGGCUGAAAAACUAACAGCUGUUGCCCGGUGGUUAUUGAUAACGGCUGCAGAUCCACCUUCAGUCUUUAUUUCAGGUAAAAACAAGAAAAAGGCCCCAUGGCGAGGAGAAGUAACCUCUUUGGCACAAAAGCGUCUUUUAAUUAGACCUGUCCCUAACCCUAAUCGUACUUAUUUUAGAUCAUUUGGAACGGAAAAGAAAAGAGGAAGCAUCCUGGAAUGAUUCAGAUUCAAAAAAAGACAUUAACACAAAUUAGAUGGUUGGGAUGGGAUGAAGACCAGGUCAGAGCUGCUGUAGGAAGCCUGGGUUUGUUUGAACCACAUCAGCCAUGCUGAUGCUGAUGCGUCGCUGUUAUCAGAGUAACCUGUCGCACUGUAACGUCACAGUUCAGCUUCUGGCAGCUGAAGAGACGGACGCUUCCUUCGGGAGGCGGUGGAGACCAAAAACUGAGCUAAAAGAGUAAAAUCCCAAACUGAGACUCCUCAGGUGAUCGAGCACAAAGACCUGCUGUUUGUAGCUUUUCUAACCUUUUCUAACAGACUUCACAGUUUAGUCUUUUUAUUUCAUUUGUAUGUUUGCUGACUUACCGACCCUCAACGUCUCACAGCUGCUUUGAGGAAACCUGAUAAUUCCCCAAAAUCUCCAGGAACUUCCCUGGAACAAAAACUAAUUUCCUUUUUUUUUUUUUUUUUUUUUUUUUUUUAAAUAUUCAUUUAUAUUAAGUUAAAUAUAUUUGAAUUGCGGAGUGUCUGAACAUGUGUGGUAGUUAUUUUUUUUUUCUCAGCUGCAGAUGAAAUAAAAUAAUUAAAGGGUCAAAAACUGAAACGAUUUGAAGGAAACUGAAUCUGUGUUCAUCAGGACUCAUUUCCCUGUUUGGGGGUCUUCAGGUCUCUGAAACAGCCUUUGAAGGUUUUAUGAACUCUACAUGUUUACUCUGGACGUUUUCAAACUCAUCAUGUCACCAAAAUAUCAAAAAUCCAAUUUAAAUUUAAAUUCUGAGCUCGUUUGAAGCUCAUUCACUGGGAGUGCAGAGGGUGUAACUGUGUUUAGGUUUUCUGUAGUACACUUUAUUGCCAGCAGGGGGAGACUCCAGUAUAGGAAUGUUAGGGGUGCAGCUCACCUGUUACCCAAUUUCUUCACGGUGCGUUCAGGGCUGUCAGGCGAUUAUUUUUCUUAUUUUUCACGACUUUCUACUGUUUCUCAGAUUUUGUAAGUUACCUAUGAAUCCUGAUGAUGCAUUAAUAAUCCUAAUCGAUAAUAAACAAUAAUAUAUCACUCAAAGCACGGAGUCCUUUUUCUGCUGCAUUGGUGCUUUUAAGGGGAAAAUGUAUUUCCAGGAAGCCUCAGAGUAAACCGGCGAUUACAGGAAAACUGCGUCUUCCUCCUUUACUGUGAUGAAGCAGAGCCGCCUGCUGCCCACAGUCUUCCUCGGGUAAGCUGACCUCCUCAGACAGGUUAGUUUCUGAUGUUCGCUCAGCUUUGAACACACUUUUAGCUUCAGCCUGUCGCUCUGUUUGCUUUGAGCUGCUUCGUUGUUCAGGCUACAUACACUGCAUUUUUUAUGAGUACUUGACGUUUGUGGCAUUGACGCUGCUAUGACUGAAUUUCCCUGUGGGAAUAAUAAAGUCUCUGAG